UGCAAAAAGCAUUGUGGGAUACAGCGCACAUGCGCAUUAGGCGGAUCGGCUGCAUAUGCGCGUAUGCGUUGCACGUGAUUGGCUCCCGCGCUAGCCCGCCACGCCGCGCCGCCAUUUUUAAUUUUCUGCAAAGAUUUGAGCUGAGAUAGCUGAGCUGGCCGGCCUGAUCCUGAGCAACGAAUCUGAAUCUGUUCUGUUCCUGGUCCUGAUCCUCGAGCUGGGAUAUUGAUGACCAAUAAGUCAAUUCCAAGGGGAUCCGAGUAUGCCAUGGAUUACUGCUGAAGUCACACAGUGUGCAUGCUGAAACACUAAUCAGACGGAUGCUCUACAUGGACAUCAUAUACCCAUACACUUUUGCACAUCUUCGAAAGGGAUCAUGGAAAACAUAAGGAAGGAAGUCAAGUCUGUGCUACCAAUGUUAUCAGAGCCACUGCUGGAUGCUAUUCUAGAAAGACUACGCUCCAAGGGGGUUGACACCAGGGAUGAUCUCCAGUUUGUACAGGAAGAUGAUAUUGUAGAUCUGAUAAAGCCGAUCCAUUGCCGUAGGCUCCUUUGUACCUGGAAAGAGACCGAAAUCAAUCCAGAUACAGUUACUACGCAAUCUCGCAGCAUUGGAGAUGCAUCGCCAUCAGGUAGCAAAAGGCAUGGUACAACCACAAGUAACUGGCCAGAAACAAUUGAUAUCAGCGGAAUAGACAUGCCGGAUCAUAUUGCAGUUAAACUCGAGGCUGGAGAGCGUCUUUCGCCUACUGAAAGGAGCAAUGCAAUUCGAGGUUUUGUAAGUUUGAUGAUGAAACAUGACCAUAAUCCGAUAAGAUCCAAAUGUGAUAUUGUUGCCAGGAGAAUUGUAAGCGAAUGGCCACAGAGCUUUUGUGACAUGAAUGAAGACAGAAGCAAGCUUGGUUCCGGUCAUUAUUCCCUUCUUGCCCAAAUGAAAACGCGUGUAGAGCAUGUAAAUAGGAACAACACACUGACUCGGCAUAGGACCAGUAGAAAGCCAAAAGAAGGAAGCAACAAAGUCACUAAACCUACGGACGUAUACGGAUGCAUCAAAUGGCAACCCUCUCUUCCAAAGGGAGAAACGUUGGAGUCUCUCGGUGAAAAAAAAGAGUCGCUGAAAGACAUUUACACGCAAAGAGGCCCAGAAGAAUCGUCUACAGGUGAAAUUGACAUUUUGAUGGAUCACACUUAUUACCUGCAGAGAAAAAUGAUAAAUGGAGCUCCACUUCCAGUUAGUGAGCUAAAAGAGCAGUGGCCUUAUUUAUUUGUUCCAGAGUUCUUCCAGAAGCACUUCAAAACUCUAACAGGUAUCGAUAUCGCCACAUCACUGCUAAAGUCACUUCAAGAGAAGGGGCUAACUAUUCUCCGCUUUCUUGCAAAGGAGAAGUGGGAAGAUCACAACAAAGUUCGGCCACUUAUUCAUCAGGUCGUGGCUGAAAAGGACGCUGUCGAUAUGCACACUGUUGCUGGUGCAGUUAUUAAGGGGAUGAUGAGCUACUUCAAAGAAAAAGAAGACUCGCUUAUCCUGAAUGGAGAUGUGACUGCUACUCCUGAGGAGAUUGAGGAGGAGACUCGUGACCACUCUGAAUCGCCAUAUCUCGUCAUCCAAGGGGAUGACACUACAGCAAAGUGGAUGGUGGUCGUCGAAAAGAAAGUCAUCGGGAAGUCAACACAAGCAGAUGGUGUGAUAUGUGGAGUAGCCUAUUUGCUGUGCACGUACUACAAUCUCAAUCUGCAAUAUCAGUCAAAUGCAUCGACGACAUUGGAGUUCAUUCAGCGGUAAUUGCAUGUUGCUUGAUUGGCAUCAAUCCAGACGCGGGAUCAAAGUCUCAUGGACAACAAUGUAGCCAGAAGGUGAUAUCAUUUAUUCGCAAAUUAGCGGAUUUCCAGUGGUUUCAUUAAUAAGGGGGCAACUUUAUGCCAUCCGUGGAUGACCCUCGUGCAGUCGUUCGGAAAAGUAGUCCAUCCUAGUGAGAUUUGUCAUGGGCCAUGGAAUCCACUCAUAUAGGGGUACUUUUUAUAUCGCAACAUGUCUGUUGUUCUGGAAAAAAAGGGGUUUUCCCCUCUAGGUACUUUACUGAUGGGGAUAGAUCAGGGUAAAUUUCCCGAUCACAGAAUACCUGGUAUUCUCGAACUUCCAGUCAGUCUGAAUACGCCUUAAGAUAUAUAUACUGGAAAUGUCAUUUCUUGCAAAAUUUAUAACAUGUUCUGUAUAAUUAUAAGAAGUGUAUCUUAGUACAGACUAACAUUCAGAACAAAUUACAGGGGCGCCUACAUACUACAUCAAUUUCAAAAUUAUCAAUAAAAAAAAAUCCCACUUACAUUGAGUAUCUGAACCCUUUACUUUCACACACUUUCUUAAAAUUGUAUUUGUGUCUUUUUGCCCUUUUUAGACAUUUGCAAAUGUUAUGCUUGCAAAAGGGAUCAUGUACCUUUAAUAUGCAUUUCAAUUGAACUUAAUAUGAAACAUCACAAGUGAAAAUUGAAAUUUGAAAUCAAAUAUUUUGUUAGUGAGGGAGGUUAAAAAAGUCACGUGACUUCGUGGUAUUAAGGAAGCCGUGUGUUUAGCCUUGAUGCAAAGAGACCAACUACAGGGAGCCCAAACUUUUUUAAUAAAUUGUGUCUAGCGGUCAUUGAACUUCCUAGACAAAGCAUUAGCACAUGUAUUCUGUGAGCCUGGCAUGUGUGCAGCCUUGUCAUCAUAAGCAUUGCUUGAUUGUUUACUUACUGUUUUCCAAAAUAUGUUUUACAUUACUUGCAAUUUAGCAUUAUUUUACCUUAGUGAAUUUUCAUAUAUUUUAGUCUGUACAUGCAAUACACCUUUAUUUUAAUAAAUUUAAUAAGUCAUGAAAUAAAUGAAUUUGCCAAAUAUUAGGCCUAUAUUUAAGUAACCUAUAUUUUAUUUCGACAUAUUUCAAGUUAUAUAAUAAUAUAUUUUUUUUAAGUAACUUAUAUUUUAUUACGAUAUAUGUUACGUUAUAUGGUAAUAUGUUUUUUUUAUCAUAUUUAAUACGUAGCAAUAUUGUAGCUAAACGAAUUUCAUAAUUUUAUGUUUUCAUUUUACAUGUACACAAAUUGAUCAUAUUUUCUAUUUUCUUUGUUCAUUGUGCACAUUGGUAAUUCUAUUUCAUUAAUUUCUGUAUAUCAUGUAUAUUUUCUUAUUGUCAAGUAUGUUUUACGGUUUUUGUUAUUUUGCACAGCCCCUUUGUAAACCAGCCGAGUAGCUGAAUAGGGCUUUUACCGUCAAUAAAUCAAUCAAUCAAUCAAUUAAAUGACAGCUCAUGAAGUUGAAACAAGUUUCUGUGCAGAAUUGGCAUGUAAAUGAGACAAAAAUACAGAAGAAUAUGAAACACGUAUUAAAGAUUACAAGUUUAAUAUAACAGAGCAACUCAAAUUAAAUGGGGUAUUAGUUCAAAAGAUAAAUUAAACAAAAAUAAAGUGAGUAAUGUCUUUUGGAGAGAUUCUACCAGGUAUAGAGAGUUUUCCUUGAUUCUGCCAGGUAUAUGGAGACUUUUCAUUGAUUGUAUUCUGAUAGUAGUUGUCGUUUAAUAGUGGCUUUAAAGGAAGAUAAAAGUGUAUAAAAUAUGUCUUGUUUACAAUUGAAGAUAAUUCUUUACAAUAGUUUUUUACAAUUCAGAAUUUUAAAGUGAACAUAUUGUUGUCUGUUCGACAAAUAAUUUUUGACCCAAGAAAGUGCAGUGCCCCUAAGCCAUACGUUGUGAUUUAGCAUAUCAAUGCCUUAAAGCCGCUAUGUCUGCACAAUUGCAUGUGUUAUUCUGUCGUAUAAUUAAAUUAAUGCUAGGUCGGGUGAAUGAUUUUUUUUUAAAGCCAUAUUGGUUGGGAUUAAGCAAGUUAUGUGUAUUUCAGAAUUGGUAUAAUCUAAACAAUUUUUUCAAGAAUUUUUGAGAUACUGGAAGGAUGACUAUGGGUCUGUAGAUUCUUGAGUACUUGAACUUUUGCAGUUUUUAGUGGUUUUACUUGUUUUAAUGUUUUACUUGAUAGUUUCUUUGCAAGCAUUUUCAUAAUGUUACACUAUUUGAGAAACUUGUUUUAUGGAGCGUUGAUUACCCAAUAAAGACUUUAAUAAUGA